UUUGUUACUUACCUGAUUUAGUGCAGGCAACUAACAAUGAUUUGUUUCUGUAUGUUAUAUCCAGAUGAAGCUGUCACUGUUGUUGGUGUUUGCUCUGCUGGCUCUGUCCUCAGCCAGUUCUCUGGACACUGGGAACACAGAGGACAGAAAUGGAGGCAGCCCUGAACUCACCGCUGUUGCAAAGUUAAGACAGAAGAGGCAGGUUCAGUCUUCCUCCAUUGCAUCUCAUGAUGGCUCUAACCUGCAGUGGGUGACCUGGGACAACUCUCUCCCAAAUGAUGCUGUUUCAAUUUACAACGACUACGCUGAUCGCAUUGACUAUAUCUGCAAACACAAAUGUGAGGCUGGGUUUUAUACCCCCAGUGAAGGUCCUUAUUGUCACUAUGCAAACAAAACAAAAACCUAUCGUGGUUCCCCUUUUGAGAUCCUGGUGAACAAAGACAACUUUGAGAUCCUGGAGUGGAAGGACGAUUCAUAUGGUUCAGUGCCCAAGGAUUCAGUCAGGACCUGCCCUGGAGAGGACACAUAUGUAGGAAUGAACAAAUAUGGACUUGGGAAGGUGUCUACUAAAGAGAAAGUCUUCUACUUGCCUUGGAAGGGUUCUGAAUAUAACUACAAGUCCUAUCAGGUCCUGACUACUAAUGAGAAUAUAAUCAGCCAGAAGAUCUACAAUGUUAAGUACAACACUGAUGAGUCUAAAAUCAUCCAGUAUCCUCCAGAGACCAUGCAUGAAACAGCCAUCAGCAACUCUGAAUGCCACCCAGUAUUGAAAAGAGAUUCCCUCUCAAAGACAUAUCAGGAGGAGAACAGGUGGAACACCGGCUUUUCUAUCAAAGCUGGUGUUGAGACGACCAUCAUUGCUAGCACCCCCUUGAUCUUCUCGAGAGGGAUUGAUUUUGGUGCAGAGAAGACGUUACAGUUCUUCGGAGGACACACAGUGGUAGACACCAUCACUGAUACUGUCUCUCUGGACCUCACCGCCCCACCAAACCACCACUGUGUGGUUAAAAUGGUGCAGUAUAAGCAGAAAGUUGACAUCCCAUUCACAGCACACCUCAGCCGCACCUACAGUAACGGAGAGGUCCACACAACGCUCAUCACUGGGACAUAUGACAGCAUUCGGGUUCGAGAAGUCCGGGCCGUGGUGGACAGAUGUGAACCUCUGGACGCCAAGCCUUGCAAAGCCCCAAAUGACAUCUGAUAUUAUGUAUCAUAUAACGUGCUGCAAUCGUGUGAGACACAACAUGGGUAAUACCCCGACCAUACACACACACACACAUUUGUUUGUCCAAACUCAUGGACAUAAUGCAUUCCCUAUCCUAAAAACCUAAAACCAAGUCUUAACCCUCAAAAAGCAGUUUGUACCCAUGGGGAUCUCAAUUUUGGUCCCCACAAUGACAGCAAGUCCCCCAGUGUGUAUUCAGGUUUAGAGUCCCCACUAGGCAAUAAUAAAACGCACACACACACAAGUUUAUUUGCAAAGAAUCUGAGAACAGAACAACUGACAUUUAUAGCAUCCUGUUUUUGUACCCAUUUCCCAUUACAAUCCCCUGAGAGACUGGUUAAUGACAUCUAUUAUUUUUUAUCAGUCCUUAUCAACCCCACUCCCUGCUCCUUGCACAUAGAGGCUUCUCCUCUCACACACUUGAACGCAGGCAUGAUUCACACAUAUUCACACACCAACACUUAGGCACAUUCACUAUAGAAUAUAAGUGGAAAAAGAUGUAUUAGUACUGAAAUAAGUUCCACUGAAAAUAAAAUAAAAGCAUAAAAAAAUAAAAUUUUCCAAUCUUA